CUCGGCAACGAAGAACAGGUGAGGAAGUCUUGACGAGAUUUUGCUGGGGUAAGGGCACAGGAAGGAGAAGAGAGGAGAUCGGGAGCCAGCCUCCUUAACAUCGAGGAGAGAGGAGAUCGUGAGCAGUCUUCAUAGAUAUUCAUAACUAUGGUUCUUUUGCAGCCGGACCCUUUUCUUAAUGAGCUGACUAACAUGUAUGAGAGGACCAAAGAGAAGGGCUCUGUUUGGGUUACUUUUAAGCGAUCUUCUAUGAAAUCCAAGGCCAAGAGGAAGAAGAUGGAGUCUGCUGGUGAAGUCAUUGAGUACAGGUGUCUUGUUCGUGCUACUGAUGCAAAGAAAACCAUCUCUACUUCGCUCUCUGCAAAGGAUUACCUUCGAUUCCAAGCCUCAUAUGCGACUGUCCUGAAAGCACAUAUGAAUGCUUUAAAGAAAAGGGAAAGGAAAGACAAGAAGAAGAGUGCCGAAGGAGAAAAGAAACCAGCAGAUCAGAGCAAGUAAGCUUCUAAGCCCAAUGCAUGAAUGUUAUUGAAGGGGCUUGAUAAAAUGGUUUCAGGACAAAGAACAAUAUGUUUUCAGAAUAAUUAGUCUCUCUUUAUCUAACUCUAUGAGUGUGGCAGUUGUUCCUUUUUGCACAAUACAACAGUAGCUCAAAACUCCACAUCUUUUUGAACGUGUUUGGUUUAAAGUUAACUCUUUGGAUCUUCGGAUCUUGUUGGGUUAUUUC